AUGCUUGGUCACCAGUUCGCAUACUCGGCGGCCCCGAUCCGCAAGGUGAAGGAGGUCCAAUUUGGUAUCCUUGCGCCUGAGGAGAUCAAAGCAUACUCGGUUGCAAAAAUCGAAUUUGCUGAGGUUAUGGAUGAAACAACGCACAAGCCUAAGGUCGGCGGCUUGAUGGAUCCUCGAAUGGGCACAAUAGACCGCAACUUCAAAUGCCAGACAUGCGGAGAGGGCAUGUCGGAGUGUCCAGGUCACUUUGGACACAUUGAGCUUGCGAGGCCCGUGUUCCACCCAGGUUUCAUUGUCAAAGUGAAGAAGAUUUUGGAAUGUAUAUGUGUAAACUGCGGGAGAUUGAAAGUCAGCAGCUCCGAUACAACGUUUGCGGACAAGAUCAGGCAUGUUCGCGACCCAAAGGCACGAAUGCAAAUGGUCUGGGGCUAUUGUAAAGGCAAGAUGAUCUGCGAAAGCGACGAGCCGAAGGAAGACGCUGAUGGCAUGGAGAACGAGGAGCCCAAGAAGGGCCAUGGAGGUUGUGGUGCCGCCCAGCCGUUAAUUCGGAAGGAGGGGUUGAAGCUUUUCGUUCAAUACAAACGAUCGAAAGACGAAGAUGAGUCGCUGCAACCGGACAAGCGGCUUUUCCCACCGCAUGAGGUGUACACGGCGCUCAAGAAAAUCUCCGACGUCGAUUUGCACAUGCUUGGUCUAUCGGACGAAUAUGCGCGACCUGAGUGGAUGAUUUUGACGGUUAUGCCUGUCCCUCCUCCACCUGUCCGACCAAGUAUCGCGGUAGACGGCGGAACCAUGCGCAGUGAGGACGAUUUGACAUACAAGCUGGGUGAUAUCAUCAAGGCUUCCGCGAACGUUCGCCGCUGUGAGCAGGAGGGUGCUCCCGCUCACGUCAUCACCGAGUUCGAACAGCUGCUACAGUUUCAUGUUGCGACUUACAUGGACAAUGACAUCGCCGGUAUUCCGCAAGCGCUCCAGAAGUCUGGACGUCCGGUCAAAGCCAUUCGUGCCCGUUUGAAGGGCAAAGAGGGUCGUCUGCGUGGUAACCUGAUGGGCAAGCGUGUUGACUUCUCGGCACGAACGGUCAUUACGGGUGACCCGAACCUGGAGCUCGAUGAGGUCGGAGUACCAAAGAGCAUCGCUAUGAAUUUGACAUUCCCCGAACGAGGCAAGGCUAUUACUCCCUACAACAUUGCAUAUUUGCAAGAGCUUGUCCGGAAUGGUCCGACGACCUAUCCUGGUGCUCGUUACGUAGUACGGGAUACGGGCGAGCGCAUCGAUCUCAGAUAUAACAAGCGGACCGACGCAUUCCUGCAGUAUGGAUGGAUCGUUGAACGGCAUCUAAAGGACGGCGAUUUCGUGCUCUUCAAUCGGCAGCCUAGUCUCCACAAGAUGAGUAUGAUGAGCCAUCGUGUCAAGCUCAUGCCUUAUUCCACUUUUCGGCUCAACCUUUCUGUCACACCUCCGUAUAACGCCGAUUUCGAUGGCGACGAGAUGAACAUGCAUGUACCACAGAGUGAAGAAACGCGUGCAGAGCUGAGCCAGAUAGCGUGGGUGCCGCGCCAGAUCAUCACACCACAAGGCAACAGGCCGGUCAUGGGCAUCGUACAAGAUACCCUUUGUGGUAUCCGCAAGUUUACUCUGCGCGACUCCUUCCUCGACUGGACGCAGGUGCAGAACAUCCUAUUGUGGGUUCCCGACUGGGACGGUUCUAUCCCGACUCCUGCGAUCAUAAAACCGAAGCCACUGUGGACCGGAAAGCAGAUCCUGAGCAUGUGCAUUCCUCGUGGAAUCAACAUCUUCCGUUCUCCCGAUCCGAAGACACCAAACCCGGUCUUCGAUGAUGGUAUGAAUAUUGAAAAUGGCGAGAUCAUCUUCGGUACGGUGGAGAAGAAGACGGUCGGUGCUUCUCAGGGCGGACUCGUCCACAUCGUCUUCCGUGAGAAGGGUCCGGAGGCAACACGGACACUCUUUACGGGUCUCCAACAAGUCGUCAACUACUGGCUUUUUCACAACGGCUUCAGUAUCGGUAUCGGCGACACAAUCGCAGACCGAAAGACGAUGGAACAUAUCAAGGAGCAGAUUGCCAUCCGUAAAGUGAAUGUCGUGCAAGCUGUUGACGACGCGGCCCACGAUCGUCUAAAGGCUGCCCCCGGUAUGACGAUCCGAGAGUCGUUCGAGAGUCGCGUCGAACGGGAGCUCAACCUGGCGCGUGAUCAGAACGGGCAGUAUGCACAAAAGAACUUGAAGGAGGACAACAAUGUCAAGCAAAUGGUCGUUGCUGGUUCGAAGGGUUCCUUCAUUAACAUCUCCCAGAUGUCCGUCUGUGUCGGCCAACAGAUCGUCGAGGGUCGUCGGAUUCCCUUUGGGUUCCGUCAUCGUACGUUGCCACAUUUUACGAAGGAUGACUUCAGCCCCGAGUCCCGCGGUUUCGUCGAGAACUCGUACCUUCGUGGCCUCACGCCGCAGGAGUUUUUCUUCCACGCUAUGGCCGGACGAGAAGGACUCAUCGAUACGGCGGUCAAGACUGCCGAGACUGGCUACAUCCAGCGACGUCUUGUGAAGGCGCUGGAAGACGUCAUGGUCUGCUACGACGGCACUGUCAGGAACUCCCUAGGAGAUCUUGUUCAAUUCGUCUACGGUGAAGACGGCAUGGAUGGUGCGUUCAUUGAGCGCCAGAACGUCGAGACAUUUGCUCUGAACAACCGGGAGUUUGAGCACAACUAUCGCGUCGACGUGACCGACCCCAGCGGGGGCUUCUUACCUGGAGUGCUUCAAGUUGGGCUAGAUGACAGCUCUCUCGAUCUUCAGGCCAAGUUGGAUGAAGAGUAUACGCAACUCAUGGAAGACAGGCGCCUACUCCGCGAGUUCAUAUUCCGUCGCCAGGACCCAACCCAUCCCCAUUACCUUCCGGUCAACCUGCAGCGCAUCGUACAAAACGCCGUCCAGAUCUUCCAUAUCGAUCGACGAAAGCCAAGCGAUCUAGAGCCAGCAUACAUCAUCGCCGCUGUACGCGAGCUGGCGAAUCGGUUGAUCGUAGUUCGUGGCGACACUCCUAUAUCCCAUGAAGCUCAGGAAAACGCGACGUUGAUGUUCCGCAUCCAUUUACGAGCGACCUUCGCUGCUCGUCGAGUUCUCGAGAAAUAUCACUUGAACCGCGAAGCGUUUGAGUGGGUCUUGGGUGAAAUCGAGGCCAAGUUUAACCAGUCACUUGCUCACCCAGGUGAAAUGUGCGGCACGCUGGCUGCUCAGUCGAUCGGAGAACCUGCUACGCAAAUGACGCUGAACACGUUCCACUACGCCGGCGUGUCUAGUAAGAACGUCACCCUCGGUGUCCCUCGUUUGAAAGAAAUCAUCAACGUCGCGACCAACAUCAAAACACCGUCGCUAUCCGUUUACCUCGAGCCGGAGAUAGCCAAGGACAAGAUCCUCGCGAAUAGUGUGCAACAGGAACUCGCGUAUACCUCCCUUCGCACUGUUACGGCCGCCGUCGAAAUCUGGUACGAUCCAGAGCCAACCUCCACAAUCAUCGAGGAGGACAGCAUCUUUGUCGAAUCAUUCUUCGCCAUUCCCGAUGACGAAGUUGAGCAAAAGCUUCACUUGCAGUCUCCCUGGCUGCUGCGUCUGGAACUUGACCGCGCGAAGAUGAUCGACCGCAAACUCACGAUGUCAUACGUUGCCGGUCGCAUUGCGGAGAGCUUCAAGACCGACCUCUUUGUCAUCUGGAGUGAGGACAAUUCCGAGAAGCUCAUCAUCCGCUGCCGUGUGCUUGGCGGUGCUGAUAAGGACGAGGACGGGAUGGAGACGGUUGAAGAGGACAUCUUCUUACGGCAACUGGAGAACACUAUGCUGAACUCCAUCAGCUUGCGAGGCGUUCCGGGAAUCCAGCGCGUCUUCUUACUUGAACACGACAAAGUGGUUGUUACGGAGGAGGGCAGUAUCAAGGCCCACCAGGAGAAGGAGUGGGUUUUGGAGACCGACGGUGUCAAUCUCAAGACCGUAAUGUGCGUCGAAGGCGUCAACUUCAAGCGCACCUAUUCGAAUAGUUGCGUCGAAAUCUUCAACGUCCUUGGCAUUGAGGCAGCUCGCGCUGCCAUCAUGAAGGAGUUGCGAAGCGUCAUUGAAUUUGACGGUUCAUACGUGAAUUACCGUCACCUCGCUCUUCUCUGCGAUCUGAUGACGCACCGCGGAAGUCUCAUGGCAAUUACUCGGCAUGGUAUCAACAGGGCUGACACUGGAGCCUUGAUGAGAAGUUCCUUCGAGGAGACGGUCGAGAUCCUAAUGGAAGCGGCAGCAGUCGGCGAAAGAGAUGAUUGCCAUGGUAUCGCGGAGAACGUCAUCUUCGGCCAAAUGGCACCCAUGGGUACUGGUGCGUUCGAUGUCGCCCUCGACAUCGACAUGUUGAAGGAUGUCAUCGUUGAUCAUCGUCUUCCUGUACAAAGCAUGCUGGCUGCACAAGUCGAAGGCGGAAUGACCCCUGGACAAGUCGCAAUGACACCAUACGACAGCAACUCUCCCAUGUGGAACCAGGAUGUCUCGUUCAAGGGGGAAACCGCAGCAUUUACCCCGCUUGCAAACAACGGUGGUGACGAACCAGGCGAUUUCUCGUACCUUGGAUUUGGGCAAAGCCCUCGGGGCGCUGGUGGCAUGUCACCUGCUGCUCCUGGGUACAGUCCAAGCUCUCCGAAUGUCUACUCACCCACAUCACCGUAUGUGCCGCCGUCGCCGUUUAACGGAGCAACUUCACCUUUCGGUACCUCGCCGUAUGCUACCUCGCCGUUCUAUGAUCGCGGUCGUGGGCCCACUUCGCCUACUUAUUCGCCAACAUCUCCGGCGCUCAAUCUCACCUCACCUGGGUAUUCACCUACGAGUCCACGCUACUCUCCGACUUCUCCAUCAUUCUCACCCACGUCGCCUCGCUAUAGUCCGCAGUCUCCAUCCUUCAGUCCUACAUCACCACGCUACUCACCAACGAGUCCGUCAUUCAGCCCGACGUCGCCACGUUCUCCCGCACACAUGUCACCUUCGUCACCGAAGUACUCACCAACAUCUCCUACCUCUCCCUCAUCCCCCAAAUAUUCUCCAACCUCACCCGCAUAUUCCCCUGCUUCUCCUGCCUAUUCGCCUGCCUCACCGGCAUAUAGUCCGACGUCUCCGCAAUGGUCGCCUUCUAGCCCGUCGCAGCAACCGAACGGCAGUGAAAACCGCAGCCACUCGUACAGCACGUCCCCUUCUUGGGACUAAUUCCCCGUUGGUUAUUUAAUUAGCGCACGUCCGAACGCGUUCCGGCUGCUUUUGAUUUUGGCACUCACAUCGCGCACCUCUCCACCAUACGCCUAUACAUUUAGUUCACGCACACGUCUGUAGAUUAGUCGCAUUGUACUUGUUGAUUGCUGAUUUGUUAAUGGCGAUAUCUGCAUGGACCAUGUCUGCCGUUCGCCUUACCCCUUCACUGCGGCGCAAAACACGUAGCGUCGAGGGAAUCUUGCGGGCUGACCUACUCAUGUCGCGUACAAGUCUACUUUGUAUUCCAUAUGAACAAGUA